AACGCUUUCAUUUCAGUCGGUAUGCCGCUGCGCAGGGAAGCGCAGGGAAGCCUAUAGUCUACCUAGAGGUGAAAUAAAAUACAUAGUCCAGGAGGGAUGGUAGGCUAUAUUCGUUCAUAUUUGAGGAUGCAUUUAUUUCUAUCUCGUGCGCACCUAUAGCUAUGUAUGUACUCCAAUGCAAAUAGGUAUAGCCUAGAUUGUAACCGGUUGGACGUUUCAAUCUGAAUUGACUGGCUAGCAGUAAAUAGACUAGUAGGCUAUUACUCCGUGAUUGUUAUAAUCUCCCAGAUUGUCGGCGAGUUACUGCAGUCGAUGCUGCAGUUUUAGGCUCUUGCACCGGGCUGUGUGCUGCGACCGCAAACUCAAUGAGAAAGACAUGCUUUCCUUCGUUCUGGUCUCUGGGUCUGUCUGGAUAAUAUUAGAGCUGAGUUCCACCCUGAUGGAGAGGAUGCAGGCCCAGGAGCUAAUGAGCAGUCUACGGCUGCCUGAGCUGGAUGAGUUAACCCAGUUUUUCCGCUCCCUGCCCACCUCCACGCUGGUGGGAAUCGGUGCUCUGACUGCUGUGCUGGCCUACUGGCUGGCCACACGGCCACGCGCCAUCUCUCCUCCCUGCAACCUCCGGCACCAGUCUGAGGAAGUGCUGCAUGAAGAUGGGGUUCGCAGGUCCAUGCUGGGGGACAGCCCCAAUAAGCUGCUGACACACUACCAUGAGGAUGCCAAGACCAUGUACGAGGUGUUCCAGAGAGGCCUCCACAUAGCCGGUGAUGGACCUUGUUUAGGCUCCCGGCUACCCAACCAGCCUUACAAGUGGCUGUCCUAUAAAGAGGUCACGACCCGGGCGGAGCACUUGGGGUCUGGGCUGCUGAGCCAGGGCUGCACGCCAAGCCCAGAUCAGUUCAUCGGAGUGUUUGCACAGAACAGGCCAGAGUGGAUCAUUUCGGAGCUGGCCUGCUACACCUACUCUAUGGUGGUGGUGCCUCUGUAUGACACACUAGGGCCUGAUGCCAUACGGUACAUCAUUAACACUGCCGACAUCAUCACAGUGAUCUGCGACAAGCCUGAGAAGGCCCAGGUGCUGCUGGGUAACGUGGAGAGGCAGGAAACCCCCGGGCUGAAGAGGAUCAUCCUCAUGGACCCCUUUGACCCUGCAUUGCUGGAGCAGGGGGAAGGCUGCGGGGUCAUCGUCCAGUCCAUGCAAGACGUUGAGGCACUGGGCAGAGAGAAGCAUAGAAAUCCCAUGCCACCUACACCAGAAGACCUGUCCAUUGUGUGCUUCACCAGUGGUACCACAGGAAACCCAAAGGGAGUCAUGCUGACACACGGGAAUGUAGUGGCUGAUUUCUCAGGCUUCCUCAAAGUCACAGAUAAAGUCAUAUCCCCAAACCAAGACGAUGUUCUCAUCUCCUUCCUGCCUUUGGCUCACAUGUUUGAGAGACUCAUCGAGUCUGUGGUGUAUUGUCAUGGUGGCCGGAUCGGCUUUUUCCAAGGUGACAUCCGCCUGCUGUCUGAUGACAUGAAGGCCUUACGGCCCACCAUCUUCCCUGUGGUGCCUCGAUUGCUCAACCGCAUGUACGACAAGAUCUUCAGCCAGGCCAACACCCCAUUGAAGCGCUGGCUGCUGAACUUUGCAGCCAAGAGAAAAGGGGCAGAGGUCAGCAGUGGGAUCAUCCGCAUGGACAGCCUGUGGGAUAAGAUAUUCUUCAGUAAGAUACAGGCCAGCCUGGGUGGGAGGUUACGUAUGAUUGUAACUGGAGCUGCUCCGGCCUCCCCCACCGUACUGGGAUUUCUCAGGGCAGCACUGGGUUGUCAGGUGUAUGAGGCAUAUGGUCAGACGGAGUGUACUGCUGGUUGUACUUUCACCACUCCUGGAGACUGGACCUCAGGUCAUGUGGGGGCACCACUGCCAUGUAACCUCAUCAAGCUGGUGGAUGUGGCUGAAAAGAACUACUUUGCUGCCAAAGGAGAAGGAGAGGUGUGUGUGAAAGGGCCCAAUGUUUUUAAGGGCUACCUUAAAGACCCAGGGAGGACAGCUGAAACGCUAGACACAGACGGUUGGCUCCACACCGGAGACAUAGGGAAAUGGUUACCUAACGGUACACUAAAGAUCAUUGACCGGAAGAAGCACAUCUUUAAGCUGGCCCAGGGAGAGUACAUCUCCCCUGAGAAGAUAGAGAACAUUUACAUCCGCUGUGAGCCUGUGACCCAGCUCUACGUCCAUGGUGACAGUCUACAGUCCUGUCUGGUUGCCAUAGUUGUUCCUGACCCAGAGACAAUGCCUGCUUGGGCCCUGAAGAAAGGCAUGGAGGGGAGCUAUCGGGACCUCUGUAAAAAUACUGUCCUGAAGAAAGCCAUCAUGGAAGACUUGCAGCGACUGGGCAAGGCGAGCGGCCUCCACUCGUUUGAGCAGGUGAAAAACAUCUACGUCCAUAAUGAGCUAUUCUCGAUACAGAAUGGCCUGUUGACUCCGACACUAAAAGCAAAGAGGCCUGAGCUGAGGGAGUUUUUCAAGGAGAAGAUUGAAGACCUGUACGAAAACAUCUCCAUGUGAAACACGACCACAAACUAAAAGCCUGGUUCUCAGCAACAUCACUCCUCAUUCACAUUUACCCUUCACUUCACCCCUAUGAAACCACAAAAACAGACUCAAAUCAGCCAAACAAGUUACUGACUGUGGUUCAGGAAGGAAUAAUCGAUUUCUCUUUUGACGCCCGCUGACCGAGUGUUGCCCGCUGCCCCACGGCAGCCAAUGUAGAUCUUCAACCAAAUCAGCCUCCUCUCCAUCUUGAAACGGCAGCAACAGACAGUCAACAUAGCCUGCACGUUCCUCUUUCCUUUGUAGGCCUGUCAAAACAUAACUUAAAGAUUGCAUCCGUUUUUUUUUCCUGACAUGAUGUGCUCAGAGUUUGCCUGGUAAGAACAUACAUACAUGGGCUAAGGGCAGUGCAUGCAGUGUGCUCUGCAUUGUUGGGACUGUAAAGGCUUUCUCAUGUAGUCGAUAACGACAAGCUCCACCCAUUUGACGGAGGUUAGAACAAAAUGGACAGUGACAUUUUGAGUUUACAUAGUACAAAUGUAUAGGCUUUGGAGUUCAUUUUGGUCGCAAAGUAUCACUAUGUAGAUGUAGAUGUAAGCAUAUGGAUGGAUUAUUUUUUUUUUUUUGCGUGUAGUGAGAUGAAUUGUAACUUUUAUUGAAUUUUCUGUCAUAUGGAAUCAUCACCAUAUCCUUGUAUUGAAUGUGUGCAUCAAUAGGGAUUACGGGCGGGGAUGGGGUAGAGAAAAAUCAAAUAGAUUCUGGAAUUAUUUAUUUAUUUAUUUAUUUUCCCAUGUCAAGCGAUGCUCGAUCAAACUAAAACAGGAUUACCUGCAUUGCAACACUGACUCAUUUGGCUGGGCGAUAUAGACAAAGUGUUAACUAUGAUCACGAUAGUGAUAAAGGGUAAUAUGAGCAUGCCCAUGGUUGGACAGGUGACACAGUCUCCAUAGAAGUGUUCAUCCUGUGCUUUUGGAGUCUAUUGAGCUUUACACAUUUAGUGUGGCUGUGUGGUUGAAGUUUACUAUGGCACAACAGAAGUCUACGUCGAGCUAGCAGAUGCUAGUGCCUGCUUCUUCUCAGCAGCCAACAACCACAAUGUUGAGCGCUGAAGGUCUAUAGGGUAUAUUUUCUUCAAGUACCUCAGAUGAUGUUUCAUCAUCAUAUUUGAUGUCUGAUUUUAGUGGGGGAAAGGCUGCACUUACAGAGCCUCUGAAAUAUGUUUGUGGGCAGUAGAACCUCACAUUGUCUGUUACAGCUAACCAAUUAACCUCCAUAUCAAAGUUACAUGGGGGUAAGGGUUUCGACUCAAGCUCAAAGGAAAGGCUAGCAAUUGUAAUUUUACUGGGUUUUGAGUGAACUGAGGCCUGAAGACUAGCCCACAAAGUACAUGCCUACAUGAUUUAGCUCUGCAGGCUAACACAGUGUUGUGACACAGUCAGCCAGGGCUCAAAUCAUAGCGUCCAUCACACAGAUUAAUAUAAUGCAUUUGCAACAUCCAGCUCAUUUUAUUUGGUAAAACACUAUUUAAAUAUUUUACACCGUGUCAAAAAAAAUUACUUGAUUUAAGCCCUUGGCUCCUAUAAGGACCAUAGGCCGUUGAUGGUAGUCCUCCUCCAUCUCACUUAUUUUGGGGCAAGUUUUUCAAGUUUGCACCAGUUGAGGCCGCUCUCAGUCAUUUCUGCCUGGACAAAUACACCUGUCACAUAAAUAUCUAACCAGAAUUUAUUUUUAUUUUUAAUCCUGAGUCACAAUCACAAGUCUCUGCUUACCAACAAGCUGUUCAGAGGAUAACAUGAAUCCACUUCACAGAUAAGAUGUGAUUGACAUAUGUAGGGGAGAGUAUGAGGAUUGUGUACAUUGCAUCUGGCAGAACAAGCAUGCUUGUACAGCACUUUUGUAAAUUAAUGUAAAGCAUAAAAGAUAAACAAUUUUUCUUUGCAUGUGAAACCAUGGGACUGGUGAGGAAUCAAUAGAAAAUGUAUAGUCAAAUUCCAUCUGAUGAAUGUAAACAGGGCAGAAUAUAAAUAAUCAUGUAGUAUGUUUAAAAAUAUAUAAAUAAUAGUAUGUUUUAUAGUAAAUCUAAAUGAUGGGCAGGAGAGGAAUAAAGCUGUACAUGUUGGA